CCAACACACAAAAACCAUUUUCAUAUGCUUCUCUCUCUCUCUCUCUCUCUCUCAUGGACAACUACUCAUCAAUCUUUUCAUGUUCUUCAUCCUCAACAUCAUCAGCUUCUCACUUGUCAUUGAACAUGGUGAAUUCUCAAGCUUACCAUGAAUUUCAAGGUGACAAAGCAAAUGGGUUUUUAGGGUUGAUGACAAACAUGGGAGUUCCAAAUUCAGAAGCUAAUAAUAAUAAUGGUGGUGUUUCUCAGAGCAAAAGCUUUGUUGUUGGAACUGAAAUUAAUGAUGAAAUGAAAUCAUCAGAGAAGAAAAAGGGAGAGAAGAAGAUUAGGAAGCCUAGGUUUGCUUUUCAAACAAGGAGUCAUGUUGACAUUCUUGAUGAUGGAUAUAGAUGGAGGAAAUAUGGACAGAAAGCUGUGAAGAACAACAAGUUCCCAAGAAGCUACUAUCGAUGUACUCAUCAAGGUUGUAACGUCAAGAAGCAAGUUCAACGCCUUUCUAAAGAUGAAGGAAUAGUGGUGACAACUUACGAAGGAAUGCAUUCACAUUCAAUUGAGAAGUCUACUGAUAAUUUUGAGCAUAUCUUAAAUCAGAUGCAAAUUUACACGGCAUUUUGAGCUCUCCAAUUGCAGAUAUAAUAAAUAUUUUUGUGAAAUAUAUACACUUCCAAACUAUACCUUUAAAUAAAAUGUGCCAUAAACAAUGCUUUUAGGACCCCCAUGUGUACAACUUACAAUGGUUAAUUAUUAGUUACAUUGUUUUUAAGUUUUGUUAAGGCACAUUAGAUUUUCAUUAGUGAAAAUAGGAGAAUAUGUAUCCUGUUGAUUACACAAUUAUGAAUUUGGCAAAAACUUUAAGUUAUAAACAGUGUCUCUUACUUGAAUAA